AGCACUGAGAUCCCUGAUUCGGAAUCUUGCCGCUUUCCGACUGUCGAGGAUCUCUCGCUCUCGCCUGUAACUCGCUUCUCGCCGCCUCUGCCGCCAUCCGCGCGGCCUCGACGCCAUCCUCCGCGCCUCCCCGCCGCCGAUCGUCGCACUCGUCUGUCUUUCCGCCAGCUGCUCGUGGUUUAUCCGUCUGCGCGCGCGUUGCGCUCGGCGUCCCGCGCGGCAGCGGCGGCGGCAUCAUGUCGGGCAUGUCGGACAACGUGGGGCAGUACGGCCGCAUCGGCGCCGUGCCGGUGGCCCAAGGAGCCGAUGUCCCUCUGACGCACCCCGAGUUCCCCUACACUCCCGAGCCAGCAGGCAGCAGAGGCUCCGACACCUUUUCCUCAACAGCUGGUGCGCCAGGGCCGUCCGCCCCUCCCCCCCCUCGGGCAUCUGGGGAGUGUUCAGCGUGGCGUUCUACCGCCCCUUCUUCGACGUGGACACGGCUGACGUGGCGGAGCGAGUGAAGGACGCCCUCAUGCCCUUCCCGCGCUCCGCGUUCCUCGAGAAGACCGCGCUCAACCCGGACAUCUACGGCCCGUUCUGGAUCUGCACGACGCUGGUGUUCCUGUCGGCGUCCCUGGGCAACCUGGCGAGCUACCUGAGCUACGCGGCGGGGUCGGGGUCGGACGAGCACUGGCACUACAACAUUGACGUCGUCUCAUGGGCCGCCGCCAUCUUCUACGGCUACGUGGCUGUCGUGCCGCUCGUCCUCUUCUUCCUCCUGCGCUACCUCCAGGUGUCGGCGGGGUUGGUUCAGCUGUGGUGUCUGUACGGCUACUCGCUGGCCGUCUACAUCCCCAUCUCAUUCAUCUCGGUGGUGCCGUUGAAUCUGCUGCGCUGGCUGAUAGUGCUGGGCGCCACGGCCAUCUCGUGCGUGUUCUUGGGCUUUAACCUGCGCGCGCAGAUCACGGACGGCCAUGAGAUGUGGUUCCCCGUCACGCUGGGCGCCGUGCUGCUGCAGGCAGGCCUGGGGGUGCUGCUCAAGCUCUACUUCUUCACAUAGCAUGCGUGUCUACAGCGAACUCGACAGCUGUAACCAGCAUGUUUCUUUUACACACAGGCACAAAGUCAGCACCAUGCUUGCCAUAACAUCCAUAAGAGAAGCCUGAUGGAAGGAGUGGCCAGUCGGUCGGAAGUUCUGCAGUCAUCGUGUUUGCCUUGAGCCUACUGGCCGACACAUGGACUUCCUCCCACCGGGCAGCGUGCACUAGCAAUGAUGACACAUGGGAUUCCGAUCCUAGUUUUCCGAGGUCCUCGCCUAGUCGGGAUGCUUGCUUAUAUAUUGCUAAAUCCAUACUUGUAGUAGGCAUGAUUCAUAACAAUUAAA